AUGGCGCGGAGUGAUGAGAAAACCAGCAAAAAGCGCCCCGCGGAAGGUGACCCCGACGGCGCGCAACCACUGACAAAGCGAUUCGGGCGUCUCCAGAUCGAUAACGAUGUGUUCUCCGGUGCUCGGGCCAGUCGCGAUGGCUCCCCAUACCGGGGCUCCCCGAGUCAGGACGAUGCGAUGCUGUUAGACGACACCAAACAUACGACCUACGUCCAUAAUCUGGACCAUGAGUUAGCUGAGCCUGAUCCUCCCGAAGAUGGCCUAAUCAUUCUUCCACUCGCCGCGAAGAUGAUGUCCGUGCCGGAAUCCAUUCUAUCGAACUCUUCGUCGAUUGGCAAGGAACUGGUUCUAUAUACAGAGCCCGCCUCUCUGACAGUUCCCAAGGAUAAGGAUACCGUGCGAAAAGCCAUCCUCGAAUCAAGGGCCCGCGCCCGCGCAGGGAUCAAACAACCUUCUGGCCAGCCGUCUGAUGCCGGUUUACCAUGGCCUAGCCACAUUGCUUCUGACGCGACUACAUCUUACAAUGACGAUCCGAUGGACAUUGAUCUCGACCCUUAG